AUGGCGGCCAGCCGCACCGAAACUUUUGCCCUCCUUCAACAUAUCGAGAACUUACACCUUCUCAUCGAGCUUCAGUACGGUCUUCUUUCUCUUAGGCUCUUUGCCAGAAGCCUUAGAGGAACUGGGUGCUUUUUAGGGGCCAUUUUCAGCAUGAUUUACACAUCAAAAACAGCUUUGCGUCUGUCUUCUGGCAAAGAGCUUAAGCAUCAGAGACCCUUACAGUUAAUGACAAAUGAGGAGAAAAUAGACAAGAUAGUCAUGUUAAGAGAGGGCAGAAGUCAUGGAGAAAUAGCAGCCAGUUACUGCGUGAUUGAAAGUGCAGUCGGCUGCAUUGAGAUCGAAUAUGAGGCCGUUCUUGGAACUCAUGCAGAGAGGGCUAUAGAUCUGAUGUUGCGUCUGCUGCCAGAAGACCAUCUUCUUCUUUCAUCUAGUAAGAGGGUCAAAGCUCUUAUUUUAGAGGAGAUGGCUAUUGACAAUCCCAAUAAGGAUGUUGAGAAAAAGUACCUUGCUGAGGCUCAUUCCCUACACAAGGAGGCACUUGCCAUGGCCAUGCGAGCAUUUGGAGAAAUGAAUGUACAAACUGCUAAGCAUUAUGGCAACCUUGGUAGACUGUACCAGAGCAUGAGACAUUUUCAGGAGGCAGAGGAGAUGCAUCUCAAGGCCAUUAUGAUAAAGGAGCAGCUGCUUGGACCAGAAGAUUAUGAAGUAGCAUUAUCUGUUGGUCAUUUAGCCUCUCUCUAUAAUUAUGACAUGAUGAAGUAUGACAAGGCUGAAUCAUUAUAUUUGCGUUCAAUUGCAAUUGGUAAGUAAUACACAAGAUGAAAC